GCCGGUCGCGCGCGGGGCGGUGGGAGCGGGCGCGCCGAGUCGGUCUGGGUUCAGCCCCCGGCGCGGCGGAGCAGUCGCGGCCGCCCCGUCCUGAGGGCACCAGCGCCGCCCGCCUCCGCUAGGCAGCCAGCCGCCCAGCUCCGGCUCCAGCCCGCCGUCCGCCUCCCGCUCCGCGUCCCUCUCCCGGGCGAUCUCAGUGGGGCCGCGAUGGAAGAGGAGCGGGCGGGCGAGCAGAUGAGACCGUUGCUCACCACGGGUCAUGAUGAAGAAGCCGUUGUGGAUAUGGGCAAAAUCAGCUCUACUAUCAAUACAAACUUUGAGAAAGAAGAACUAGAGAGCCACAGAGCUGUGUAUAUUGGAGUUCACGUCCCAUUUGGAAAGCAAGGCCGUCGACGGCACAGACAUCGUGGGCACAGGCAUCACAGAAGAAAAAAAGAAAAAGAAACUGACAGAGAGGAUGGCCGAGAAUCUCCAUCAUAUGACACGCCAUCCCAACGAGUGCAAUUUAUCUUGGGUACUGAAGAUGAUGAUGAACACAUUCCCCAUGAUCUCUUCACUGAAAUGGAUGAACUUUGCUUCAGGGAUGGAGAAGAAUAUGAAUGGAAAGAAACGGCUAGGUGGCUAAAAUUUGAAGAGGAUGUUGAAGAUGGUGGUGAUCGAUGGAGCAAGCCUUAUGUAGCAACUCUGUCUCUGCACAGUCUCUUUGAACUACGAAGCUGUAUUCUUAAUGGGACGGUGAUGUUGGACAUGAGAGCAAACACACUAGAUGAGAUAGCAGAUAUGGUUUUGGACAACAUGAUUGCCUCUGGCCAGCUGGAUGAAUCCAUAAGAGAGAAUGUGAGAGAGGCUCUUCUAAAAAGGCACCACCAUCAGAAUGAGAAAAAAUUCAGCAAUCGGAUUCCCCUGGUUCGGUCUUUUGCAGAUAUAGGCAAGAAACAUUCUGACCCUCACUUGCUUGAACGAAAUGGGGAAGGCCUUUCAGCCUCCCGUCACUCUUUGCGAACAGGUCUCUCUGCCUCAAAUAUUUCCCUGAGAGGAGAAAACCGUUUGUCAGUUCUUCUCAAUUACCUUCUUCCUUCUUCAAGAGCUGGAACCCCGGCAACCUCAAGGUGUACAACCCCCGUAACUACCCCUCAAAACACACCACCCUCCAGUCCUACCUGCAGCCACCCGCCAACCACAAGUGCCCAGCCAAGUCUGCUUCAGGGCAAGGAAUUGCUGGUGUCAUCUGCCAGUGAUGAUAUUCCUUCAGUAAUAAUCCACCCACCUGAGGAGGACUUAGAAGUGCAGGAAAGCCAUGAAAAGAAGACAGAGGAAAAUAUUGACAAAACACCAGGGCUCUUAGCAUCUCCCCAGUCAGCACCUGGAAAUUUAGACACUGGGAAAAGUGGAGACGUUAAAGGUACUGGGACAGGAGGGAGCAGAGAAAACAGCACAGUUGAUUUUAGUAAGGUUGAUAUGAACUUCAUGAGGAAAAUUCCUUCAGGAGCAGAAGCAUCAAAUGUGUUAGUGGGAGAAGUAGAUUUUUUAGAAAGACCUAUUAUUGCUUUUGUGAGGCUCUCCCCUGCUGUGCUUCUCUCAGGUCUCACAGAGGUUCCAGUUCCUACACGGUUUUUGUUUUUGUUGCUGGGACCAGCAGGAAAAGCUCCACAGUACCAUGAAAUUGGAAGAUCGAUAGCAACGCUUAUGACAGAUGAUGUUUUCCAUGAUGUUGCCUAUAAAGCAAAAGACCGAAAUGAUUUGUUGUCAGGAAUUGAUGAGUUUUUAGAUCAAGUGACAGUCUUGCCUCCAGGAGAGUGGGAUCCAUCUAUACGAAUUGAGCCACCAAAAAGUGUUCCUUCCCAGGAGAAAAGGAAGGUACCUAAAUUUCCAAAUGGAUCUACUCCUAUAGGAGAGACUCUCAAAGAAGAAGGCCAUCAUGCUGGACCUGAACUUGAGAGAACUGGAAGGCUUUUUGGUGGUUUGAUACUUGACAUCCAAAGGAAAGCACCUUUUUUCUUGAGUGACUUCAAGGAUGCAUUAAGCCUGCAGUGCCUGGCCUCGAUUCUUUUCCUAUACUGUGCCUGUAUGUCUCCUGUAAUCACUUUUGGAGGGCUCCUGGGAGAAGCUACACAAGGCAGAAUAAGUGCAAUAGAGUCUCUUUUUGGAGCCUCAUUAACUGGGAUUGCCUAUUCUCUGUUUGCUGGGCAACCUCUUACUAUUUUGGGGAGCACCGGACCAGUUCUAGUAUUUGAAAAAAUAUUAUUUAAAUUUUGCAGGGAUUAUGAUCUUUCCUACCUCUCCCUGCGAACUAGCAUUGGUCUGUGGACUGCAUUUUUAUGCAUAGUGCUUGUAGCCACAGAUGCCAGCAGCCUUGUGUGUUACAUCACUCGAUUUACUGAGGAAGCUUUUGCAGCACUUAUAUGCAUCAUAUUUAUUUAUGAGGCAUUGGAAAAGCUUUUUCAUUUGGGAGAAGUGUAUGCCUUCAAUAUGCACAAUGAUUUGGAUAAACUGACUUUAUAUUCAUGUGUGUGUUCUCAGCCUGAGAAACCCAGCAAUGAAACUUUGCAGAUGUGGAGGAGUAUGAAUAAGUCUGUAGAAAAUAUAGCAUGGAGUAACCUUACAGUUUCUGAAUGUUCAGAAUUUCAUGGUGUGUUUCGUGGAUCAGCUUGUGGCCAUCACAGACCAUAUAUUCCAGAUGUUUUCUUCUGGUCUGUCAUAUUAUUCUUUACAACAUUUUUCCUCUCCUCUUUCCUUAAGCAGUUCAAGACCAAGCGCUAUUUCCCAACUAAGGUGCGUUCUACCAUAAGUGACUUUGCAGUAUUUCUGACCAUAGUAAUCAUGGUUUUGAUUGACUAUCUUGUAGGAGUACCUUCUCCUAAGCUUCAUGUUCCAGAGAAAUUUGAACCCACCCGAAAAGACCGAGGAUGGUUCAUAGAUCCUCUUGGAAGCAAUCCUUGGUGGACACUCUUGAUAGCUGCUGUUCCUGCUUUACUCUGUACCAUUCUUAUUUUCAUGGAUCAACAAAUAACAGCUGUUAUUAUAAACAGGAAAGAGCAUAAGCUGAAGAAAGGCUGUGGUUAUCAUCUUGAUCUGCUCAUGGUUGGUGUUAUGUUGGGGAUAUGUUCUAUCAUGGGCUUACCGUGGUUUGUUGCUGCAACUGUCCUGUCUAUAAGUCAUGUUAACAGCCUGAAAGUUGAAUCUGAAUGCUCAGCACCAGGAGAGCAGCCAAAGUUUUUGGGAAUCCGGGAGCAGCGAGUGACAGGAUUGAUGAUUUUUGUCUUGAUGGGGCUGUCGGUGUUCAUGACCUCUGUGUUAAAGUUUAUUCCAAUGCCAGUUUUGUAUGGUGUCUUCCUUUACAUGGGAGUAUCUUCAUUAAAAGGCAUUCAGUUUUUCGACCGUAUAAAACUGUUUGGAAUGCCUGCCAAACAUCAGCCUGACCUGAUUUAUCUACGUUAUGUGCCACUCUGGAAGGUCCAUAUCUUUACAGUUGUUCAGCUCACUUGUCUAGUUCUGUUGUGGGUGAUUAAAGCCUCUGCAGCUGCUGUUGUUUUCCCUAUGAUGGUUCUAGCAUUAGUGUUCAUUCGCAAGCUCAUGGAUUUAUGUUUCACCAAAAGAGAGCUUAGCUGGCUUGAUGAUCUUAUGCCAGAAAGUAAAAAGAAGAAAGAAGAUGACAAAAAGAAAAAAGAGAAAGCAGAAGCAGAGAGAAUGCUUCAGACAGGGGACAACGAAAGUGUACACCUUGCAUAUGGAGAAGCAAAUUUGGAUUUUCCUGUAAAAACUCUAAAAUACAGCAUUGAUCCCUCAAUUGUAAACAUAUCAGACGAAAUGGCCAAAACUGCACAGUGGAAGGCUCUUGCCAUGAGUACUGAGAAUGCCAAAGUAACCAGAGCUAACCUGAGCCCUGAAAAACCAGAAAGUGUGAAAAUAAAUGUGGAAGAUUCAUCUGUUGUGAAAUACGUGGAUGCUGAGACAUCUUUAUAGAACCAAGGGGAAUUGCGUCUAUUUGUGUGUGUACAUAUAUCACUGUAGGAUAUUAUACCAUUGAAGUGUGAUUUCCAAUUUAAGGAGCAACCUGUAUUUAAUUCUGCCAUUGUUUAGGGCACUGUAGAUAUGCUUGCAUAAUGAGAAGAUUUUCCUACAAAUAAGAUGAGUGGUAAUCACACUUCAGCUAUUUAUUUUAUUGGAAAUUUUAUUUUCAUUUUUAAAUAGGAAGAUUGUAAUGAAUCCAUAUUAUUUUCAAUAAUCAAUAUGUGCAGAAAAGUUAAAUCAGCGUUUUCUGAUGAUUACUGGUCCACAUCGCUUAAAAUUUUGCAAUACCUCUGUUUAUAAUGUGUGCUACAGAAGUUUGUUUUCCAUGCAGGCAAUUACUGCUUGUUUUUGCAGGGUAUACUUUUUUUUGUGAUUUCAUAGAACAAAUAUUAAUGUGCUGUCGACAAGAACUACUGUGUUUUAUGUCUCCACUACGUGCUAGUGUUUUCUGGAUUCUGUCUCUCCUAUUUUACAGAAGUGGCCUAGAGCCCUAGGUCAGGUGAUUAGUUAAUCGUUAAAAUAUCCAUAAAUACCCUGUUCUGCUUCUUUUUUUUUUUUAAAUUCACUCUUGAUUUUUCAUUAUUGUCCAGUAGCAGUACGAGUCCAGUCAUUGUAGUUACAAUCCAAAGUCAGUAUUUGCCAUUCUGGACACUCCAUGUUUACACAAUAUAAAUUUGAUUUACAGACAGCAAUUUGGUUGAUAGGAAGUUAUACAUACUUACCACACUAGUACUUUCAAAUUCUUUUGUUCCUGUUUUUACUUACAUUUUUCUGUCAACUUUCGGAGUCUGAUUUGCUCAGCUCUAAGACUGAAACUUUAGAGUAUUUCAUGUCCUCAUCAAAUAUUUCUUGCUUAAUUUUUAAAUUUACUGUGUAUUUGAUUACAUUAGCUGUAGUUUAAUUCUGUAAUAGGUUUAUGAUCAGUAUUAUUUUAUGGAUUGCAAAUUGCUUGUGGUAUUUGUGUGUACAGUUCUGAUCCUCUCCAUUGUAAAGGGCAUAUAUGAUAGCACACCAACUUAUUUUUAAACAUUUUAUUUAUUUUAAUUAGUAUAAAUUUUUAUCAUGUAAUAUGAAUUGAAAAAGUAAAUAUUCAUUUCUUAAAGUAAAUGGGAUUUUUUGGGGCUCACUGAUGAAGAUGCAGUCAGUGCAUUUACAUUUUCAAGUUCUAGUGUUUAGCAUUAUAAUAUUUGAAAUAAUGAGAAUUUUAUGUAUAAAUGAAAGUCUUGAUCAGUUACCUGCGCAGUUUUCAUUAUGAAUAUUUUUUUUGCCUCAUAUGCCUUAGUUUUUUUGCUUUAACUCCUGAAAUGAUCUCUUUACAUUCUGAAUUGCCACCAGCCCUUUCUGGAUGUAUUGCAAUGGCUUUAAUUAGAAUCCAUGCUCAUUUAAAAUUAGAAGAUGCUGUUUGCUUAAUUCUGCUUUUAGCAAAGUUGGGAGUUUUACCAUGGACCAUGUGGUAAAAUUCUCAACAACUGCAGAAGGAGCAGAAUUUUGGAGGAGGGUAGAGUUCAUCUGAAAAUACCACUUGAGGUGGAAUUCUGGUGGUCUUCAGCAAAGUGUCAUUUGGAGAGAAGACAACUGUGUAUUACAAAAAUAAAGCAAUCAGUGGGAAUAAAUAGAAACACUUAAAAAUAGCAUUUAAGUUACAUGGACUGUUUUCGUUCCCUUUAAAUGUAAUUAAAUAAUCUUGGGGGUUUUUUUCUUUUUUUCAUUUGGCUGAAUUCUGAGAAGACAGUUUAAAGUAAGUAAGUCAUAGUCCACAGCAAUAUGAAUAAUGCUAUCCAAACUGGCAUAACAAAGGCUCAGGUCAGUGGAAAAGCAAAAGAGGUCUGCAUUACCAAUUUGACUAAUACUGUGUAAUGACCUGUAUAGAUGUUCCUUUAUUCUUAAGUAAUAGUGUAGCUUGUGCCUUAGCUUGAGUAUGUGCUCCUUCAGAAAAUAGCCAUGUUUUCCUUCUAGUCAAACUGAGAUAAUAGUGAAAGUAUAGCAGAUGGUUUCCCAAAACUUUCUGCAUUAUUUAAAAAAAUAUAAAUACAUAGGUACACAUCGGCAUGUCAGUUGUUGACUACUAAGUAGCUAUUGCUGAAUCAGAGGGAGGCUGUUUUGGGCAGUUGACAUGGCGUUAUCCACAAUACAUGACUUUUGUACUAGUCCUCCCAGUAGUAUUUUACACUUCAUGUUCACAGACCUGCAACAAUUUCCAAGGACCCAAAAAAUUAUUAUAAGCCUCUUAGAUAUUUUUUUUUAAACUCUUUAAUGCUGGAAAUCAGGGGUCCCUGGUGCUGCACAUCUUGUAUCUGGCUUCUACUUCAGAAGGGUUAAGUUUUGGUCAAUAUUACAGGAAGUGGGUAUUUUUCUAGUAAAGUUAAAAGGAAACAAAACCAAAGCCCCACAAGUCUAAUCACAGUAUUUAUUUAGUUUUAAUUGUGUAGAUAUUUUAAUGGGUGCCAGAAAUACCAUGACUUGCAAAGCAGUUUACAGUGACCGUUAGCUCCAGUGUUCUUGGUCAGUAGCAUGUUAUGCUUGCACUUUUUCCAUAUGAAUAGAAGAAGAUCUGGUAUUAAGUGCAUAAAACCCCAUUGAUAAUCUAUUAAGUGAUUCGCUGCUCACUUUACACCUCUGCUUUAAAAUCACGCAUAGUAUUAAAGUAAAACAGCUAAGGAUGUAGCUUACUGUAUGUAGAUAUACGUUUUGCCUUAAUGGAUGCAAAAGGGCAGUGAUAAUUACUGUGCACUGAUUGUUUUUUUUCACAGGGGUUAAGCCCUGUAAAAAUGACACCAAUGUAUUUCCAUUCCAACAGUUAGAGGAAAGUAAACAGCCCUGCACUUUUUUUUAGAUGCCUUGGUUUCCCGGAAUGGGGCUUAGUGCUACUGUGUAUCUGGCUGCAGAGCCAUCUCAGGAAGUCCCUCUUUUUUUUUUUCCUUUUUUCUCCCCUCUGUUUUUCUUUUCUUUUUCUAAUUUAUUUAUAAAUAUGAAUGUUUACGUAAAGUGUAGGUCUUAAUUUUGACCACUCCAUUUAAAUUAUCAUUUAAAAUAUUUCACUUAAAAUGCAGCUGGUGUUUAAAUUAUAUUCUACAAAACUCAUUCUUAGUAUUUUAAUAUGUAUUACAAUGACACACUUUUCAUUCUGUUUACAUAUGCCCAAGUUAAUGACACUUUCUUCCUAGGUUAAUUUUGCAGCUAUAACAUAAUAUCUGAUUAUUCAGCAAAAUGUUCCAAAUUGCCAAGUUUGUCAUCCUAAAACCUGAUAGGGUAGAAUUUGGUGCCCUGGUGGGGGGGGGGUUCAACCAAAUGUCUUGGCUAUUUUGGGGGGUUUUUUUCUACAUUUAAUGAAAGUUCUCCCAUAAGUUAGCCGUUUGCUUCACCUGCAUCUCUGUCUUUAUAUGGUAGCUUCCUAAGUCGUGCCCUUUGCAAAGGCAGGUUCGACAGGCUGUAAAAUGUAUCUGUCACAACAACUAGGUGUAAUGUGGCGGAGCCUGCACCAUUUUAAAGGGUCGUCUUGUACAUCUGUUCUGUAAAUCAUAAAAUAUGUGGUUCGUGAUUUUCAGUUCACAAAUGUAGUCUGUUUAGAUGAGCACCACCAUGAUUUUAGUGUUCUUGCUUUAUAUGAUUAGUAAUGUUUUAAUUACUCAUCUAGGUCAAAUUGAUUAUCAAGUACAGUACAAAUGUGUGAAAUACUUUGUUUAUACCAACAGUAAUUUAUUUUACAGCAAAUUUUAAGCCUAGAGGCACACAGCUUUGAGUCGGUGUAAAAGUAGUGCUAUAAAUAAAUUGCUUAGUAAUUUUAAGUCGAUUUUAUUUUGUAACUUUUUUAGUGAAAACUUGUAGGACUUCUUAGUUGGCAUUGAAGUUAAUCUAAAGACACUUUCAUAUUGAAUUUAGUAUCUGUUGACGUUUAUUUGGAAUAAUGAGAAUAAUGAAAAUUGAAAAUCAGUACUUUUCUAAAUGAUUUUAUUGGCAAGACACAUAAUUUGUAAUAUUUUUCUUUCUAUUGUUGCUGAUACUCCCUGAGCAAAGGUGUCUUCCAAGGUUUGGCAUCUUGUAGCUGAACUACACUUUUGAUUUUAAUACUGAUUAUUUGAAAUGUGAUCACAUACUGUACGGUUCGAAUUUUUUAUGACUGCUUUUCUAAUUACAACGUUUUCUUAUUUUCUAACAAAAUCCAAAGCAAAUGAAAAUGUUAUUCCAAAUGUAGAAUGAAUACUCAGUUUAUACAGAAAACACAACUCUCAGACUUGUCUUUAAUGUGAAAGAUCCAGCCUUUGUUGUUUUAACUAGAAUAAAAUUAUCUUUUGUAAUGUUUCAGAAAGUUGGUAAAAGCAAUAAAAAUCUACU